CAGCAGCUGAACGAGCAUGAAGAAGUAGUUCCUCUUUGCACGCUGGCGAGAUCGAAUACGUAUCAUUUGUCAUUCGUCUUCCAUCUUAUGGUCGAGCCGAACGACCGUUCAAAGUCUCGCAUUUUCACGAAUAUUCUAAUCCACUGAGGCCUCGUUUUUCAACCAUAUUCGUAUUAAGAUUAUUCGUAUUUCGUCCUAUCGUCACCAAGAAAUUGAUUCCCUUGUGGUUCUUGUGACAGCUAUCGAAAUGUAUGCUCAAGAUAUUCCAAAAGUCGAAAAAAAAUCAACACGAGACGUUGAAUUGAACGGAUCACCUCCGGAUAAGCCGACACUGAUGCACGGCGGGAAUUAUAUUAAGGAGGGAAGAGAUUCAGCCAAAAGUACUUGUCUCAUUUUUUCACCCAAAGAAGAGGAUGAAAUUGGAGCCCUCAGCAGAUACUUGCAACUCUUCAGUGAACACAAAGUGAACUUGCUCCACAUCGAGUCUCGGAGCUCUCUGCGUCAGCACGAUGGUUACGAAUUUAUGGUCGAAUGUGCACCCGGUGGAAACCUCGGCGGUGUCAUUGAGGCCAUCCGCAGUCAGUGCGGAUAUUUCUCGAUCAUAUCAAGAAAUCACAAGGAUAAUUUGGGCACUGUGCCAUGGUUCCCACGAAGAAUGAGAGACCUCGACAAGUUUGCAAAUCAGAUUCUCUCAUACGGCUCCGAGCUCGACAGCGACCAUCCGGGCUUCACAGAUCCGGUCUAUCGUGCAAGGAGAAAGUACUUUGCCGAUAUCGCCUAUAAUUACAAGCAUGGUCAACCGAUUCCUCGGGUCGAAUACACCAAGGAGGAAACCGCUACUUGGAGCGUUGUUUUUCGAAAAUUGACUGAAUUAUAUCCCAAGUACGCUUGUCGUGAACACAAUCACGUUUUUCCUCUGCUCAUCGAAAACUGUGGAUACCGCGAAGACAACAUUCCGCAGCUUGAAGACAUUUCUCAAUUUCUUAAAGAUUGCACCGGAUUUUCCUUAAGGCCAGUAGCAGGACUACUGUCCUCUCGAGAUUUUCUUGCCGGCCUCGCUUUUCGAGUAUUUCACAGCACACAGUAUAUAAGACACGGAAGUAAGCCACUUUACACACCGGAACCAGACGUCUGUCACGAGGUUCUAGGUCACGUGCCACUCUUCGCCGAUCCAGCAUUCGCGCAAUUUUCACAGGUCAUUGGUUUGGCGUCGCUCGGUGCUCCUGACGACUACAUAGAAAAACUAGCUACCUGUUUUUGGUUCACGGUUGAAUUUGGUCUGUGCCGGCAACACGGUGAACUCAAAGCAUAUGGCGCCGGUCUUCUUUCCUCCUUUGGAGAACUCGAAUACAGUCUCAGCGGUAAACCAGAAUUACGAUCGUUCGAGCCAGCCAAGACAGCGUUGCAAAAAUAUCCGAUAACGGAAUAUCAACCAGUGUACUUUGUUGCCGAAGAUUUUGAGGACGCUAAAGAGAAGAUGAUAAAAUUCGCGCAAACGAUUCCAAGGAAAUUCGGCGUACGCUAUGACCCGUACACUCAGAGCAUAAGUAUUAUCGACAGCAAGUACCAGAUCGAAGAAUUAGUAACCAACGUCAAUCAAGAAAUGGAGAUUCUUAUGGAUGCACUUAGAAAGCUAAAGAAUUAAGUUAUCAAUUAUGUUAUUGUUCAUUGAUUUAUUAAAGGUUUCUACAACAGUAAACUCAUAACGUCGACGCGAAGCAGCACCUAAUAAUCAGAGGAGGCUGUUAUGCUGAUUUUUUUUUGUACGCAGAACGUGAACAGUUUAUUAAAUUCCUCAAAUACAUGAGGCGUUUCUUACCAUCCCA